CUCCCGCGGCCAUCCUCAUGCUGCGCCCUUCCCACAAUGCAACUCCCUCUCUCCUUCGGCCCCGGUGGGGCUCUGGAGUACCCAAAAUGCAGGCCCCAGCGGAACGCACAGCCCUCCUGUCCUCCGCCGGUGCCCCUUUAGCCGCCCCACCCCCAUCCCUAAGGGCUCUCAUUCUCCAGCUGCAGCCGCAGCUGGGUUCCGAACACGCAGCCUGGGCCCAGGAGGGAGAGGGGCAGGUGCCAGGGCGGCGCGCAGCCUCUGCUCCCGGUGCCACCUUCAGUGCGCCGGGCACACGCGCGCCCCGCAACCCCUCCCUCACCCUUUCCCCGUUGCUCAAUCUCCGCCAGCCGCGGUCGCUGCAUCGUCAGAGCUGCAAGAGGGAGGCAGCAAGGCGCGGCCGCCAGCAGUGACACCAUGUGACCGGCACGGCUCACUGACACGCAGCUUUGGUUAAAGAGCGGGCGCACAGGAGGGGAGGAGACGGCGCGCGGGACGGGGAGGAAUGGCCUGUCCCCGUUAAACCAUCACAAGCUAUGGUUGCGGAAGGGCCACGCGCCCCCCAGUAGGGGAAUGACUCCGAUUCGUGACCCGCAGCGCCGGUGCAUGUCGAUGUAAGUGCGAGGCCGGCGAGCAGAGUGUGAGUGGGGGUUGGUGGUGAGGGGAGAUUCUGAUGCAAUCCGCCCGGAAAGGAGGAGAGCCAGGCGAGCGCGGACUGGGACAGCCACGCCACUCCGUCUGAAGGUCGCCAGGAGCCUCCGCCCUUCACCUUCCUCGGAAAUCCGCCAGGCCACGCCAAGCUCCCUGCCCAGCCCUCACUGACGGGGGCCACAUUUUCCCGGCCUCCGCAGCCAGACCUUGACACAAAGGACAUCAAACUGCCGAGGGUAAAAACCCCGGAAGGGCGGACACCUCCAUAUCGCCUUUUGCCACCUUUCCCUUUAUUUCCGGAGAUAUUUAUUGAGUGUCUACUGUGUGCCAGGCACUAUAUCUAUGUGCAUAGAAAAACCCUGGAAGGCCAUACAACAAUAUAUAGAGAGAGUGAUCGUCUCUGCUUGCUGAGAUAACAGGGGUGUCAAGCUUCCAUUUUGGUAUCUACUUAUAAAUACACUCAGAACAGGAGAAAUUUGGACUAAUUUUCAAACUACAGAUACUUUCUAAUCAUGAUGCAUUUCAAAAGUGGACUCGAAUUAACUGAGUUGCAAAACAUGACAGUGCCUGAGGAUGAUAACAUUAGCAAUGACUCCAAUGAUUUCACCGAAGUAGAAAAUGGUCAGAUAAAUAGCAAGUUUAUUUCUGAUCGUGAAAGUAGAAGAAGUCUCACAAACAGCCAUUUGGAAAAAAAGAAGUGUGAUGAGUAUAUUCCAGGUACAACCUCCUUAGGCAUGUCUGUUUUUAACCUAAGCAACGCCAUUAUGGGCAGUGGGAUUUUGGGACUCGCCUUUGCCCUGGCAAACACUGGAAUCCUACUUUUUCUGGUACUUUUGACUUCAGUAACAUUGCUGUCUAUAUAUUCAAUAAACCUUCUAUUGAUCUGUUCAAAAGAAACAGGCUGCAUGGUGUAUGAAAAGCUGGGGGAACAAGUCUUUGGCACCACAGGGAAGUUCGUAAUCUUUGGAGCCACCUCUCUACAGAACACUGGAGCAAUGCUGAGCUACCUCUUCAUCGUAAAAAACGAACUGCCCUCUGCCAUAAAGUUUCUAAUGGGAAAGGAAGAGACAUUUUCAGCCUGGUACGUGGAUGGCCGCGUUCUGGUGGUGAUAGUUACCUUUGGCAUAAUUCUCCCUCUGUGUCUCUUGAAGAACUUAGGGUAUCUUGGCUAUACUAGUGGAUUUUCCUUGAGCUGUAUGGUUUUUUUCCUAAUAGUGGUUAUUUACAAGAAAUUUCAAAUUCCCUGCAUUGUUCCAGAACUAAAUUCAACAAUAAGUGCUAAUUCAACAAAUGCUGACAUGUGUACGCCAAAAUAUGUUACCUUCAAUUCAAAGACCGUGUAUGCUUUACCCACCAUUGCAUUUGCAUUUGUCUGCCACCCAUCAGUCCUGCCAAUUUACAGUGAGCUUAAAGACCGAUCACAGAAAAAAAUGCAGAUGGUUUCAAACAUCUCCUUUUUCGCCAUGUUUGUUAUGUACUUCUUGACUGCCAUUUUUGGCUACUUGACAUUCUAUGACAACGUGCAGUCAGACCUCCUUCACAAAUAUCAGAGUAAAGAUGACAUUCUCAUCCUGACAGUGCGGCUGGCUGUCAUUGUUGCUGUGAUCCUCACAGUGCCGGUGUUAUUUUUCACGGUUCGUUCAUCUUUAUUUGAACUGGCUAAGAAAACAAAGUUUAAUUUAUGUCGUCAUACCGUGGUUACCUGCAUACUCUUGGUUGUUAUCAACUUGUUGGUGAUCUUCAUACCCUCCAUGAAGGAUAUUUUUGGAGUCGUAGGAGUUACAUCUGCUAACAUGCUUAUUUUCAUUCUUCCUUCAUCUCUUUAUUUAAAAAUCACAGACCAGGAUGGAGAUAAAGGAACUCAAAGAAUUUGGGUCUGGUGAAGUUCAAGGGCAUCUUGAAGGUGGUGCACUUGGAGACAGUGAGGGAAGCAGGGGUGAAGUGGCUGCUACCUGAGUCCCUUCUGGAGCUCCAUUUUGCUUGGUCUUGGAGAAGGCUUCUCAGCUGCCCUCCCAGCUAGUGUAAGCACUGCAAUUGUACCUGUUACCUGAGUCAACAGAUCCAGAUGAGAGGUGUAGGCAGGAGGGUCAUCCCUGUGCAUUUAGGAAAAGCAGCACUGAUGCUAGUAGAGCAUCCAGUUCCCCAACAUGAUCACCCCUGAAGCCUUAAUUCCCAAAUCCUUCCAAGCCUUAUCUGUAGGGGCUUAACGAGAACAGAGAGGAAGAAGCAGUCACUCCGGCACAACAGGACAAUAUAUUCAGAUUAAAUCUGAAAAUGGUGGAGGCCUGCUGCCCAUGAAUUCUGAGCCUCUCCAACCCUGGUCCCAUAAUGAAACUAGUAGUAGGGUCUGCCAAAUGGCAUUAGACAAGGGCUCCAUCUGUGUAAGGACCACUGGGAGUUAGACUGGACCCAGGAUGGUAUGCCAUGUGCAGCCAUGUCAACCCCCAAUUCGCUCCUUUCCUUCCUUAGCUCUUUCUCUUCCUCCAGUUCCCAGUCCAGCCCUGUUGGCUCUCAGAAUGCAUCAUCCUUCUCCCUGCAGUGCUCUCACUGAACAUGCUCAAGCUCAAGGAACUUAUAAUCUUGUGUUCUCUGGACUCUGGAUUUAGUAAUCUGUAUUAGUCUGUUCUCACACUGCUAAUAAAGAAAUACCUGAGGUUGCUUCCAAGAUAGCUGAAUAGGAACAGCUGUGGUCUGCAGCUCCCAGCAAGAUCGAUAUAGAAGACGGGUGAUUUCUGCAUUUCCAACUGAGGUACAUGGUUCAUCUCAUUGGGACUGGUUGGACAGUGGGUGCAGCCCAUGGAAGGCAAGUUGAAGCAGGGCAGGGUAUCACCUCACCCAGGAAGCACAAGGGGUCAGGGGAUUCACCUUUCCCAUCCAAGGGAAGCCAUGACAGACUGUAACUGGAGAAACGGUACAACAGUACACUCCUAACCAAAUACUGCACUUUUCCCACAGUCUUAGCAACUGGCAGACCAGGAAAUACCCUCCUGUGCCUAGCUCAGUGGGUCCCAUGCCAAUGGAGCCUUGCUCACUGCUAGCGCAACAGUCUAAGAUCGACCCGCGACGCUGCAGCUUGAUGUGGGGAGAGGCAUCCAACAUUGCUGAGGCUUGAGUAGCUCACAGUGUAAACAAAGAGGCCCGGAAGCACGAGCUGGGCAGAGCUCACCGCUGCUCAGCAAGGCCUACUGCCUCUACAGAUUCCACCUCUGGAGGCAGGGCAUAGCAGAAAAAAAGGCAGCAGACAGCUUUUGCAGACUUAAACGUCCCUGUCUGACAGCUCUGAAGAGAGCAGUGGCUCUCUCGGCAUGGCAUUCGAGCUUCAAGAACAGACAGACUGCCUCCUCAAGCAGGUCCCUGACCCCCACGUAGCCGGACUGGGAAACACCUCCCAUCAGGGGCUGAGAGAUACCUCAAACACACAGGUGCCCCUCUGGGACGAAGCUUCCAGAGGAAGGAUCAGGCAGCAAUAUUUGCUGUUCUGCAGCCUUCGCUGGUGAUACCCAGGCAAACAGAUUCUGGAGUGGACUUCCAGCAAACUCCAGCAAACCUGCAGCUGAGGGGUCUGACUGUGGGAAGGAAAACUAACAAAGAGAAAGCAAUAGCAUCAACAUCAACAAAAAGGACAUCCACACCAAAUCCCCAUCUAUUAUAGGUCACCAACGUCAAAGUCCAAAGGUAAAUAAAACCACAAAGAUGGGGAGAGAAACCAGAGCAGAAAAGCCAAAAAUUCCAAAAAACAAGUGCCUCUUCUCCAAAGGAUCGCAGCUCCUCGCCAGCAAAGGAACAAAACUAGAUGGAGAAUGAGUUUGACAAGUUGACAGAAGUAGGCUUCAGAAGUUUGGUAAUAACAAACUUCUCUGAGCUAAAGGAGCAUGUUCUAACCCAUCGCAAAGAGGCUAAAAACCAUGAAAAAAAAGGUUAGAUGAAUGGCUAACUAGAAUAACCAGUGUAGAGAAGACCUCAAAUGACCUGAUGAAGCUGAAAACCGUGGCACAAGAACUUCGAGACUCAUGCACAAGCUUCAAUAGCCGAUUCGAUCUAGUGGAAGAAAGGAGAUCAGUGAUUGAAGAUCAAAUUAAUGAAAUAAAGUGAGAAGACAAGAAUACAGAAAAAA